AUGACUAAUCUAAUUUCCAAUCCAAUUCCCAAACUUGAAACAAUAGAAAUUUGUCUAUUUCCAAAUGGUGUAGUCGAAAUUGCUCAUAAUCGACCUAAACGUUACAAUGCUCUUUCCCCACAAUCUUAUAGAGAUUGGUUGGCUGCUAUAAAAUGGGCAGCUGAAUGUGAUGCAGUUAAAGUUGCAGUAUUAACAGGUAGAGGUAAAUUUUAUACUUCAGGGCAAGAACUACAAAUGCCCAAUUUAAAUGAAGAAAAUAUUGAAGAAGAAAUGAAACGUAGAAGACAAACUACAACUCAUGUUGUAACUGAAAUGAUCAAGUUUCCCAAGCUUUUGAUCGGUGCUGUGAAUGGGCCAAGUAUUGGUUUUGGUACGACUACACUUGCAUUAUGUGAUGUUGUUUAUUCUGUUCCUGAAGCUACUUUUGGCACUCCUUUCAUGAAGCUUGUUUUAAAUGAAUUAGGGUUUUGUGCUGAAGGAUGCUCUUCUAUUUUGUUUCCAAGAAUUAUGGGGCCUUCUAAAGCAAAUGAAAUGUUGUUGAUGGGCAGAACCUUUACUGCAAAGGAACUUGUCGAUUGCGGGCUUAUUAGUAGACUUAUUCCUGCUGAAACUUUUCGUGACACUAUUUUAGAUUUGGCAGGGGAAGCAGCAAAGUUUUCAACUGAGGCAUUAAAAGUGACGAAAGGUUUAAUUAGAGAUGUGGAUCGUGAUGUUCUUGAACAAGUGAAUCAAGCUGAGAUGAAAGCAUUAGGUGAACGUAUGAGCAGUAGUGAUUCCUUAGAAAGUAUUAUGAGAUUUAUAGAGGAAUCAGCAGCAAAAAAGGCAGCAAGAAAGGCCAAAUUAUAG